UUGACAGAUAUUCUAUUUAUAAUCACCAUUCUUUGUUCAGCUGACAUUUUCUUCCUUUCAAGUCCCAAACACGAGUUCAUCGUUAAUUACUUUAAUUUUUGCAUGACUUGAGAGCUGAGGAGUCAACAACAAUAUGUUCUGCUAAAUCUGAACCCCCUGACUUCUAAACUCUGUUUCAGUUGUUUAAAAUCUACACAGUUAUAGAAACAUAAGAGAAACCAGGAGUCAAACUCAAACUUGGGGUUGAAUUAAAUAUGUUCAUAUUUUUCAGUCUGUCUUAAAACAAAUCUCACAGAUGUACAAUGAAACACUUUUUGUUAGCUGUAAUUUUGCUAAAUACUGUAACUCUGCCAGACUUGUGAUUGAUUUGUUAAACUCAGACUGCUGAAGCCUAAUUAGCUAAUUUUUACACAGAAUGAAGAGGGGUUUUGACCUCAAUCACUUACACUGAAAUCAAUUUUUGGGAUUAAUUUCUUUUCAGCCAGUAUGGACAGGAAGAACAAUUACAGCAAACAGUAACUCUUUCAGUGUACGUGGCAGUUUAAACAGGGCGCUAACUGCAUACAUGAUUGCAAAAGAAAGUGCUUUUUAAAGCGCUUCAUGAAGUGCACUAAGUAAAAAAGUUUACAGUGUCUCAGCAGAGGGCUGAUCAGUGAAGCGCAGACUUUUGCGCAGGGUGCGUGAAAGUGUUCAUUGAGAGGGAAAGGUCAUUACUAUGUUAAAAUGAAACAGCUGGAAUACACCAAGAAUGUAGACGGGGCGGAGCGGGGUUUUCUACCUGCCACAUAGACUAGUCUCAGUUACUGCGUGCAUUUUGAGUUUUGCCAAGUGAUAAUGCAGUUGGUUAUAUUAACUGGUACUGGAUUAACUAGAUCGUUUUAACUACACGGAUAUACGUCGAUUUGAUUGAUUUACUUUAAUCUGCAAUGAAAAAAACCCAAAAGGUUGCAUUGCUGUUUUCAUUAUAAUCAUUUUCAAACAGUUUGUACUCGUUUUUUACACAGAUCUAUGUAGAUUUGACCUGUUGGAGGGCCGCGUAGCCGCACAUAGAGAGAAAAAAAAGAAACACACACCAUGGUCAGUGUAGCAGCUAUAGUUGAUUAUAAUGACAAACUAGGCCUGUCCCAUUUUUCUGCAUGCCUAUCAGACAUUACUGUGGAGACAGAAGUGGAGCCCAGCUGACGCUUGCGUGAGAGGAGGAGUCCCCCUGAAGUCUUUCAGAGUCCAGCAUCACUUUGAGAAAUGUUCAAGCAAGCCACAGUCUCCAACUCCCGGGGUACCAAAGACACUUCUAUCACUGUCAUCAUGAUAGUCGGAAUAGUUUGAAGUGAUACGAGUAGCUUUCCGGAUGGGUGGGACAGGCGCCCUACACAAGUGAUAAGACAUGUAUUGUGAGCGAAAUGUUUUGAUGGAGAAGGACAUUUUAUGGAUCUUCGCGCUGGACAAUUUGCACAAAUAAGAAAGAAGAGGGCGAGGAGACAGAUUUUACACGGACUGCUAUGGUGCGUUAGGUUGACUGAUCUUCAAACAGCCGAUAAGCAUUUAUAAACGGCUGAAAUGAUAAUCAAUAACAAACUGUUAUUAGGAGGAAGCUUUUAGUUUUCAACUUGUUGAUGGGAUUAACAAUCGCACAGCUGUUCGGGCGAAUUGCUUGAUUUUUCCCACUGGUUGUGAGGCACCAGCUGAAGCCGAAAAAAACUUCCAAACCAAAGAGAAAUUCUGGUAAAACACUAAGUUUAUCUCUGUGCUGCAGCAAACUCCAACAUCUUGUUAACCUGUCAUCAUAAAGAGGUUAGACAUGGAAAUUGCCAACAGGACCCAGCAUAACCCCUUCAUCCUCCAUGCGGAUCUCAGCCCGCUAAAUGACUUUAUGGAAGAGAACGACACGAACGUCACAACCGGAGAGCGAAACUCGUUUGGCUGCGUGCAGAUCCGCAUCCCUCAGGAGCUCUUCUUGGCGCUGGGGCUCAUCAGCCUGGUGGAGAACAUCCUUGUGGUGCUAGCCAUCAUCAAGAACCGCAACCUGCACUCACCCAUGUACUACUUCAUCUGUUGCCUGGCCGUGUCCGACAUGCUGGUCAGUGUCAGCAACGUGGUGGAGACCAUGUUCAUGCUCCUCAAUGACCACGGCCUGCUGGACCUGCACCCGGGCAUGCUGCGCCACCUGGACAAUGUCAUAGACGUGAUGAUCUGCAGCUCCGUGGUGUCUUCGCUCUCCUUCCUGUGCACCAUCGCCGCGGAUCGCUACAUCACCAUCUUUUACGCCCUGCGUUAUCACAGCAUCAUGACCACGCAGCGCGCGGUGACCAUCAUCGUGGUGGUGUGGCUGGCCAGCACCACCUCCAGCAUCCUCUUCAUCGUGUACCACACCGACAACGCUGUGAUCGUGUGCCUCGUUACCUUCUUCUGCACUACCCUGGUGUUUAACGCCGUGUUGUACCUGCACAUGUUCCUCCUGGCGCACGUGCACUCCCGGCGCAUCAUGGCUUUCCACAAAAGCAGGCGCCAGUCCACGAGCAUGAAGGGAGCGAUUACGCUGACUAUCCUGCUCGGUGUCUUCAUUUUAUGCUGGGGUCCUUUCUUCCUCCACCUCAUCCUCAUCCUCACCUGCCCCACCAGCCCCUUCUGCAACUGUUUCUUCAGAAACUUUAACCUUUUCCUCAUCCUCAUCAUCUGCAACUCGCUUAUCGACCCGCUCAUCUACGCCUACAGGAGCCAGGAGCUGCGUAAAACCUUGCAGGAGCUGGUCCUGUGUUCUUGGUGCUUCGGCGUGUGACAUCAUAUAUAUAUAGGCUACACACACACACACAUUCAGGAAGAAAUCGAGAGAAAAUAAGGUUGUCCACAACUUCGGCUAUCUCUUCCUCCUGAAUGUACAUGUCAGAAGCAGAAGUAAACUGAGGCUGAUGUACGCUUGAACUGGCAAAUGAUGCCUCUCAAUAACAGACUAAGACUGUAUCUCUGUCACACUCAGACCUUUAUACAUCUCAUUGUGGAUUUGCUGAUCAUUUCCACGCAUGGCUUCAGUUUUAUUUGGGUAUUUAUUUAUUGUUGCGUUACGGCACAGCUAUCGCACAGGUUCCUGCGCUGUGAAACAUCUGGACGUUUAAUCCAGCAGUGAGAGGGAUACCGAGAUAGUAAACUUUCUUAGUUAAGAGAGUCAGAAUGUUAUCUGACUAAUACCGGACACAAUCUUUAAAAAAUCUUUCUUCUGUAAAUCAAUUUAUAUAUACAGUAGUGCCUCUUUUUGUUGAUCUGUCCCAACUUUGCUCUUAAAUCAAUACUGUUCAGAAAGAAACUGGAAAAACUGCUCUGUAAAUAUGUUAAAUUAUAUGCCUUAACUGAAUUUCUUGUAUUAUUAAAUUAAAACAGAAUUUAGUGUGCAAGUAUUGUUUGUUACAUAUUUGGCACACAGUCAGUGAAAUAACCCUGCA